CCUCAGGCCACGGCCGCACUGACGGCGGCCGUUUCGGAUGAGCCUCGACGCGAGGACAUAUUCAGCAACGGCGAGAACGAACGGGGUUUCUACGAGCAUCCAAGAAACGGUGAUGUUGCUCCGACCGAUGCAGAGAUUGAAGAAUGGGAGAGGAAGGAGUUACAGCGAGAAGAGGAACAGCAACGACAGCGGCAGCAACAGGAGCAACAGCGACAGGAAGAGGAACAACGACAGAAAGAAAAAGAGCAGCAGCAACGAGAAGAAGAAGAAAAAGAAGAAGAACAGCUCCGAUUAAAGGAGGAGGAAGCAAAGCUUCGAGAAGAAAAGAGACAACACCAACUCGAGGAACAAGAAAGACAAAUGCAACAGCAACAGCAGCAACAAAAGCAAGAGCAAGAACAACAACAACAACAUCAGCAGCAGCAGCAGCAGCAGCAGCAACAACAACAACAACAACAAAAUGUCCAUCCGAUAGAUGGAUUAGGUGGUCUCUAUAUACGAUUGGUUCUCAGACGAGAAGGCCGGGCGGACUUGGUUUGGCUAUAUAAAACGCACAAGUUCUAAACUGAAGUCUUAGAUCGCUCUCUCAUAAUUAACAUUUAUUCUCAGCCGUUGGUUAUAGUUUAGAGGCAUUGUAGAUCGAGUUGGAUAGAGUUAAACGAAACGGUUAUGGUAUUGCGUUAUCGGUUUAUUUUGAAGAUUAUUGUUUCGUAUACUUUUGUCGUAUCGUUCGAUUUGCAUUUUUUUUUUUUUAUAAAAUUAAGAAAUUUUAUAAAUAUAUAUAUAUAUACAUAUAUAUAUAUAUAUAUGUAUAUAUAAAUAUAUAUAUAUAUACAUAUUUAUAAUAUAUAUACUAUAUAUAGUACACAGAUACAAACACACAUUACACGCACACACACGCGUGAAAAUUAUUAAUAGAUAUAGAUAUUUAUCAUACGUUGCCGUUUGAAUUUGUUGAGAUUUUAAUUAGGCGGUUUUUUCGAAAAAAAAAAAAAGAAAAAAAUACCGUUGGUUAUGCAUAUAUAUUCGUAAUUGUGCAUUCAAGAAAGCUUAAAACAAUCGGAACGCUUCCUUCGACUACGAAUUUGUGAUAUUCGAUUGCUUUUGUGGAGCACGAUAAGCACAAUUACGCGCCUUACUAAAGGAAACUACAAAAAUUCAUUUGAGCAAUGUUAAUAUCGAUUGUUAAUGGCGAGCGAUAUUUACAUAGAUAGAUAUCGUAUAUAUGUGCGUUGUCAAAUAUGUCAAGACGACUAACUUUGUAGUUUUUCAUUGAUUAUAUUAGGUAAUUGACGUUGAAAUCAUCGGAACAUUUAUUGUUGUUGUUUUUAUUUUUUAUUUAUUUAUUUAUUUAUUUUUUUUUUUUCUAUCUAGAACAACAUUAGUCCGUUAAAAGGGGUAUUUUGAUUUCGAAUCUUCUAAAUCGGAAUAUAAUCCAUCAUCUUUCUUCCUUAAUAAAUUAAUUAAUCAAUCAAUUAAUUUUUUAUAUAUAUAUAUUUAUAAACAUUUAAUAUGCGACUAUGUUCUAGUUGCAUUUUCGAUAAAAACAAACACAAAUUAUAUUGUUAUAUAUUAAUCAUCGGUAUCAUACAUAUAUCCUGUUAUUCUUGAAUUUGAAAAUGAUCAUUCGCGUUUCUCAUUCUGCGCAAGAUGAUCUUGCAUAGUUAUUAGACGGAUCACUCGCGGUGUUAUUGUUGAAUAUUGUACUUUAUCUACGACAUAUCCAUCGAUUAUGAUAAUGAUGUCAGAGAACUACAAAGACUUAUUACUAAAUAAUAUAUAUAUAUAUAUAUGUAUAUAUAUAUAUAGAUAUAUGUAUAUAUACAUACAUAUAUUAUACAUACAUACAUAUAUACAUAUAUAUAUAUAUAUAUAUACAUAUACAUAUACAUAUACAUAUAUAUAUUUGAUACAACAUUGAAAUUGCAGAAUAUAUUAUUAACAAUUUAAUGCCAGACUAGUUAAACCAACCGCCGAUGAUUUCACACAAACACACAAUAUAAUGAUCCGACAUAUAAUUUUAUUAUUUCCUUUUAUUAUUGUUAAAUUUCUUUUAUUGAUAUUAAUUUAUCAUUAGCAUAGUUUACACCUACAGAUCAAUAAGAACACUUAUUCUAAAAUGAAACGAAAUCGCUUUACUAAAUAAUUUUCAAGUGGAAGUCAAAGAAUCUAUUAAAAAUCAUUUGGAAAAAUGCUACGUCUAAACUGCCACUCUCGAAAAAAAAAAAAAAAAAAAAAAAAAAAAAAAAGGAAAAAAAAAACCCAAAAAAAACAAAGUAAUAAAAAAAAAAAGAAAAUUAAAAAAUAUUAAAAAACGACAAAAGAAAAAAGAAAGAUAUUAAAUCUAAAUCAACGAUAGUAAAUCAUUUAGAAAAACGAUUAUUAUUUUCCCAUUUAGUCAUGCGAUUUUCGUCUUCCACUCGUCGUACUUCCAAAAAGUAUGCAAUAUUUCUCUAAGAGAGAUGAUACAUGUAUCGUUUAACUGGCGUUAAAUCGAUUUGAUUAUUUUAACGUUUGAUUUAGAAUGUUUAUCGAGGUUGCACGAUAAGAAAGAAAUUAAUAUGUCGUUGAUCGAUGUUAAAAUUUUAGUAGGAUGAAAAACUUGGUGAGAAAAUUUGAUAAAUCUCAUAUAGAAGUUCGCGCGAAUCUAUUUCCAUUUAAUGAAGGAAUGCUCGCGUCCCGAGUUGGUUGCUACCGAUUCUGAUCUAUCGAUUAUUAUCGAGGAAAGAAAAGUAAUAGAAAAAUAAUCUCACGUGCUACUACCAUCUGUGUAAUAGAAUCGUUAAUGUAUAAUAAGAAUCGCCGUAAUGUAUGUAUGCGUACAAUGUUUUACGUUUUGUAUGUAUCGUUUAUCGCGAUUUAUAUCGGAAUAUUAAUCAUUCUUUUUUUGUUUCUCUU